GACCAGCUGGUUAGAUGUGAGCAGAGUAUCUCAGUUUUGCAGGGAAGCUGUAGCUCGCCUCUUGCAGUCUGAUGCCCGGGGACGUUUAAUCAGAGGGAAAGCGUUUUUGGUCCAUUUACAGUUGGAAACUAUUUAUUUGCGCCUCUCCAGUGAAAAUGUCGUCGCUUGAAGCUGGUGGAACAUUUACUCACCUCAAUACGUUCGAAAAACUAUCGUGGAGGCCGUCUAUCCGCGAUUCAGGCUCCAAGAAGCGAGCGCGAUGGCUUCAGGCGAGACGCAUCUUCUCCCCCAACGGCCCCAACCUCCGGAUCCCCAAUAGGUUCCUGAGAGAAGGACACUGCAUACCGCCUGCCCGCAGUGGACACCGCUGUGUUGCAGACAGCUCUAACCUGUACGUCUUUGGAGGUUACAACCCUGACUUUGAGGAGGCGGGCGGCUCAGAGAAUGAGGACUACCCUCUUUUCAGGGAGCUCUGGCGGUUUCAUUUUGCCACAGCUACCUGGCAGCAGGUUCGGACUGAGGGCUACAUGCCCACAGAGCUGGCGUCUAUGUCAGCUGUCUUCCAUGGAAACAACUUGCUUGUUUUUGGUGGCACCGGGAUUCCCUUUGGUGAAAACAACAGUAAUGACGUCCAUGUCUGCAACGUCCAAUAUAGACGGUGGAACCUGCUGAACUGCAAAGGGAAGAAACCGAAUAAGGUGUACGGACAGGCAAUGGUCAUUAUAAACGGCUACCUGUACGUGUUUGGAGGCACAACCGGCUACCUCUACAGCACUGACCUGCACAGGCUGGAUUUGAGCACCAGGGAGUGGACCCACCUCAAACCCAAAAACGCUCCGUUAGAUCUUCCUGAGGAGAGGUACAGACACGAGCUGGCGCAUGAUGAACAAAAAAUAUACAUUUUGGGAGGCGGGACCUCCUGGAUGUCUUAUCCCUUAGAUAAAAUUCAUGCAUAUAAUCUGGAGACCAACUACUGGGAAGAAAUAGUGACAAAACCCCAUGAAAAAAUAGGUUAUCCUUCCGCUCGCAGAUGUCACAGUUGUGUUCAGGUCAAAGACGAAGUGUUUAUAUGUGGAGGUUAUAAUGGUGAGCUUAUCCUGUCUGACCUUUGGAAGAUAAACCUCCAGACCUUUCAGUGGACCAGGCUGCCUGCUGUCAUGCCGGAACCGGCCUACUUCCACUGCGCCGCCGUCACUCCGGCUGGCUGCAUGUAUGUCCACGGCGGGGUCAUCAACAUGUCUGGAAACCGAAGAACUGCCUCUCUGUACAAAGUGUGGCUGGUGGUGCCCAGCCUGCUGGAAAUGACCUGGGAGAAACUGUUGAAAACGUUCCCUCAUGUAACACAGCUGUCCACCCUUCAGCUGCUGAGCCUGGGACUGACACAUUCACUAAUUCAGAGGCUCAAAUAGACUGAAUAAAGAAGCUCACUGAUGAUCACCAGCACUAAAGUUGGUGGUAAGUAGGUCAAAGACAAGCUCCUGUAAUGUCAGACUUUGGGGAAAAGAAUUUUUUUUUUUUAAACAACACUUGAUUUUUUGUUGUUGUUAGAAAUUCAAAUGUUAGUCAGAGACAUCGAAGGGGUGCAGAUUGUAACCUCUAUGCACAUGUAAAACCUGACUUGUAAUGUAAAGCCUUUGUGCACGUUUCCUUUGUCCCAGAAACUUGUAGAGCAUGAGGGUUGAUUUCAACAACAAAAAAAGAAAACUAAAGCAAGUAAAGACAAAGUGAAUGUGAAUGCAGGUUGUGUAAUGAUGAUAUUUCCCUGAUUACUUGGUACCACACUGAGGCCUGCUGCAGUGUUGAAUCCCCUGAGAUUUCCAUUUUUCAUCAGAUGACAUCUGUAGCUGAUUUGGGCUUCACUAAAUAUAAAGGAGAGGCGGAUAUCUGAAAUUUCUUCAGAUCUUUCUGGGGCCAUGAUGUGCAGUUUUACUGUUGAGCUGUUCAUUCUUUGAAAAAAAAAAAAA